GUGUUUGUGUCUGGUCUGUUGGAAUGGGAAGGUGUGUCGGUAUGUUUACACGGAAGUGAGAUUAAAGCGCGUCUCGUUGAGCUUCAAUGACAGCAGAGGCUUGCAUCACAGCUGGUAACUCAACAUGGCACCAAAAGACCCUCUCCUCGGCACUCUCAAAGUGUGUGUGCUGAACCUGCAGUCAGAUGGAGAGAUCGUGACUGACUCCAACCCUCACCUCGCUUCCUGCUGUGAGCUUCUUGAGCUGGUCCUCAGGAAGGGGCUCCAACAGCCAGUUCUGAGUCUGGUACACAGAGACUACUGGCACUGUUUUGAACAAAUACCCCAACAAGAUACCUGCGGCAGGCUGUCUGCUCUGUCCUUGGCAGUGGAGCAGACCAGAGUCUGCAGGAAGCUGCUCUCAGCUCAGGGCCGAGGUCGCUACCUGCUCAGAGUGGCCCUCAGCCGCAAGGCUCUGCCUCAGUUCAUCAAACACCUGCUGCAUACAGCCAGAGUCCUGGAGUGGUACUGCCCCCAAAUGUCCAUUCUCAGGAAUGAAGAAUUUUUGGAGCCUUUUAUGUCGCUGCUGCUGGUCCUCUCUCACGUGGACUUCAAACUGGACAUGGAGAAUUGCAGUUUUCUGGAUGAGAGCUGGCUCCUACCGGUGUGUGAGACGUAUGAAGUAGUGCCCUGUCGGGAGAUGGGGAUGGUGUUGAGGUAUCUCAGUGGACGUGUCUUCGUUCUUGAGCUGAUACCUGGUAGUCAGGCUCAUGUUGACAAGUUUAUCAGUCCUGGCGACGUCAUUGAUGAGAUCAACGGCACCUCACUGAGGAAUUCUAAAAUUGGACAGGCAGGAGUUGUUAUGUCUCGGCUGAAGGGCUGCCCUCUGUCCAUCUGUGUUUUGCGUUGGCGGGCUCAGGAUGGAACAGUGUUUAGACCCCUUAUCAAACCUCUACAGGCCCUGAGGAUAGAGAACCCCACCCUUCAACUUGGCCCCGCUCCAUCCCAGCAGUGUGCCACCACAGAGCGGCAAUCUGCACCAUCACAGUGUCUCAAAGAAGGGAGGAUUGUGCAUAUAGUGCAGUUUUUGGGCAAAGCAAACAUAGGAAUGAAUGGAGGCAAGGAGAUACUGCAGCAAGUCAUCCCACAAGUUUUACAGAAAAACCUGCCAAGCAAGGAGGUGCUUCUUGACCUGAAGGAAACACAUUUGACUUGCACAGACAGAAGCAGUAAGCUGGAGCUGUUUGACUAUCACUACCCAGAGAUUUCAUGUGUAGGGAGAUUCAGUCAACAUGACUACACCAUAUUUGCAUUCUGUGUGGCAGACUCCCCCAGAAACCCCUCAGUCCACAGGCUUCUGCUGUGUGGCGCUCAGAGCCAGCACCAUCAAGGACUGUGAGGACAUAGUCUGCCGUAUAGCUACUGGAUUCAAGCAUACCGAGUGGUUUGUAUGACAGUCACCCAACAUGUCUACUUGAUCCUUGGGGAGGGCCUGUAAAUAAACUUCAAGUGUUAAAAACA